AUUUCCCAGUUCCGCCCUUUUGCUCCCUAGCGCCUCCCAGCGCACAGCCUCGCCUUCAAAUUAGUGAAACUCAAAACAUUUCCACGCCUCCAAAGCGACAGCGUGACGUGGCCGGUAUGGUGACGUCACAGCAGCUGACCUCUGUGGGCGUGCCUGCGCAACAAGGCUUCUGUCAUCUAAACAUGGAGGGUCGGUACAACCUGAAAAGCCCAGCAGUGAAACGCCUGAUGAAAGAAGCUGCUGAACUGAGAGACCCGACAGAUCACUACCAUGCUCAGCCACUAGAGGAUAAUCUUUUUGAAUGGCACUUUACAGUCAGAGGACCCCCUGACUCAGACUUUGAUGGAGGUGUUUACCAUGGUAGAAUUGUCCUGCCACCAGAAUAUCCUAUGAAGCCUCCAAGCAUUAUUUUACUAACGGCGAAUGGAAGGUUUGAGGUGGGGAAAAAAAUCUGUCUGAGCAUCUCUGGCCAUCAUCCUGAAACAUGGCAGCCUUCCUGGAGUAUAAGAACUGCUUUAUUAGCCAUAAUUGGAUUUAUGCCCACAAAAGGAGAAGGUGCCAUAGGUUCCCUGGAUUACACACCCGAGGAAAGAAAGGCUCUUGCCAAAAGAUCCCAAGACUACUUCUGUGAAGUAUGUACGGUUAGCAUGAAGUCUACUCUACUCCCUCUUAGCUCUAUUUCCAGCCAGGCUGAUGUUGAAGCUAGAGAGCUUGCCAGACAAAUCAGUUUUAAGGCAGAAGUGAACCCACCUGGAGGUGCUGAAAAUCAGCCUAAUCCGUCACAAGAGAGAAGUGAGCCAAAUUUUCACACACACUCUGAGAUUGAAUCUGCAGAUGCAUCAACCUCAAUUGGUCAAGAAACAAGUCCGCCAACUCCCAGUACAAAUGUCUCUAGAAGUCCACGCCAGCGUCGUGCCCAACAGAGGAGAACUCCAACCUCCACAGGACUCAUUCAGGUCCAGCGCCAUGGGGUUAAUGGGAGCAACACUGGAUCAGCAGUUCUUAUUGUUGUACUGACAUUAGCGCUGGCUGCUCUUAUAUUCCGUAGAAUAUACAUGGCAAAUGAUUACAUUUUUGACUAUGAGCUAUAAUGUAUGGUUGGAGAGUGCCACAUUAAAUCAAUGUGUAUCAGGUAUGUAUGGAGAACUGUUUACACAAGUGACAACUUGUAUUUAAUUCAUGCAUAUGUUUGAACGAUUGCAUUUGUCUCGAGGUGGCUUUAUGAAAGAGUUUCAUCAUUCCUGGAAAAAAAUCAUUGCAUAUGUGCGAUUUCUCACUAUAUUACAGUGAGAGUCCAUGACAACAGUUAUCAGCUAUUGUACAAAUUAUAAUAAAUACUCGUUCAGAUUCAAUUGAAA